CACGCCCCCUUCUCCUGGCCGGCGCAGGUGCACGCCGGGAAGAUGGCGGCGGCUGGAGCUGGCCGCCUGAGGCGGGCGGCUUCCGCCCUCCUCCUGCAGAGCCCCCGCCUGCCCGCCCGGGAGCUGUCAGCUCCGGCCCGGCUCUAUCACAAGAAGGUUGUGGAUCACUAUGAAAAUCCUAGAAAUGUAGGGUCUCUUGACAAGACGUCUAAAAAUGUUGGAACUGGAUUGGUGGGUGCGCCAGCGUGUGGUGAUGUCAUGAAAUUGCAGAUUCAAGUGGAUGAAAAGGGGAAGAUCGUAGAUGCCAGGUUUAAAACAUUUGGCUGCGGUUCUGCGAUUGCCUCCAGCUCCUUGGCCACCGAGUGGGUGAAAGGGAAGACGGUGGAGGAAGCCUUGACCAUCAAAAACACGGACAUUGCCAAGGAGCUCUGCCUUCCACCCGUGAAACUGCACUGCUCCAUGCUGGCAGAAGAUGCUAUCAAGGCUGCCCUGGCCGAUUACAAACUGAAGCAAGAACCCAAGGAAGGAGACGCAAAGAAGAAAUGAGCCCUGGGUGCGCCUCCAGCGGGUCGCGUAAUUCUGCCCACCGCCGCACGAACACUUUCAGCUUCCAGAAGCUCCUCGCACUACUUAAGCUGUGAGAUACGCACAAUAUUUCCCAUCUACCUUGCAGCUCUGAGCAAGCAAAAUACACCGUUUAAUCGUUCUGCA